AACAGAAUACUAUCCAUGGUACUCUGUACGUAAGCACAUGUGAUCGCAGCUCAUAAUUGUGGACGUGGAUUUUUUUACGCAAAGCCGUACCCGCAACCUUCACGAGAGGUGAGACAGAUAGAGAUAGAGACCGUGGCACUUACUCUUUUCUCAGACUCAGAUCUACAACUUACGGGAAGCAGCCAUGGCUAAUCCAAUUUAAUCUUCUCUAUUCCCCUAAAAUCAAUCCGUUGAUUAUUACCAUUAUUUCUUUUCUUCUAUAAAACAAUGGAGUCGGAGCUUGAAGAUAUGAAUCCGGAUCCUUCCAAGCUCCACCCACUCGAAUCUCAACCGGAACCCGCCCACGACGAUGCCUCCACCAAGGAUGAUCGUCCUCUCCUCAAAUCCGACGCUAACCGGAUGUCUUCGUCGGAGAGUAUUGAAGAGCUGGAGAAGAAAUUCGCUGCGUUCGUACGCAACGACGUAUACGGGACCAUGGGACGCGGCGAGCUGCCUUUGGUGGAGAAGUUCCUGCUAGGCAUCUCGUUGGUGACGCUGUUGCCGAUUCGAGUUGUGCUUGCAAUGAUAAUAUUGUUAUUUUAUUACACGAUUUGUAGGAUUUGCACGCUGUUCUCCGCUCCGAACAGGGACGAGGAGGAGGAGCAGGAGGAUUUCGCGCAUAUGGGAGGGUGGAGAAGGGACGUGAUUGUAAGGUGCGGGAGUUUUCUCUCUAGAGCUAUGCUUUUCCUGUUUGGAUUUUGUUGGAUUAAGGAAACCUAUAGGAUUGUAGAGCAGCCUCAAGACAAGUCUUUCUCUCAGAAUGAGGGCAGAGAUCAAUCUGCAGAACCCGAAAGACCUGGGGCAAUAAUUUCUAAUCAUAUUUCGUAUUUAGAUAUUUUGUAUCACAUGUCUUCUUCUUUUCCAAGUUUUGUUGCCAAGAGAUCAGUGGCUAAACUUCCUCUUGUUGGUCUCAUCAGCAAGUGCCUUGGUUGUGUCUAUGUUCAGAGAGAGUCAAAGUCAUCGGACUUCAAGGGCGUUGCAGGUCUCGUGACUGAAAGAGUUAGAGAAGCUUAUCAGAAUAGGUCUGCUCCUACGAUGAUGCUGUUUCCUGAAGGCACCACUACAAAUGGAGACUUCCUUCUUCCAUUCAAGACAGGUGCAUUCUUAGCUGGUGUUCCUGUGCUUCCAGUGAUUCUGAGAUAUCCUUACCAGAGAUUCAGUCCUGCCUGGGAUUCAAUUUCUGGGGUGCGCCAUGUGAUUUUUCUCCUCUGUCAAUUCAUAAAUUACAUAGAAGUGAAAAGGUUACCUGUUUACUACCCAUCACAGGAGGAGAAGGACGACCCAAAGCUGUAUGCUUGUAAUGUCCGACGUUUAAUGGCUCGUGAGGGUGAUUUAGUUAUGUCAGAUAUUGGACUAGCUGAGAAGCGAGUAUAUCAUGCUGCUCUCAAUGGUAAUAAUAGCCUGCCUAGUGUUUUGCAUCAGAAAGACGAUUGAUAAUUUCAUGGACUUGCUCCCAAAUGAUUUCUAGUCUCAGUUGAGCUUCUUAGUUUCUUGUGGUAUUUUCUCAUAAAAUGACAGGCAAAACAUGGGGUGGUUCUCUCCCCAUUUGGCUAACAAAUGAUGCUGAUGUGCCAUUAUUGUCUUGUAAAUUCUCAGAAUGGGAAUUGUGGCCAUUGAAUACAUUUUUAAAUGUGAUGAUGAAUCUUUGUUGAGGCAUCUAAUUUAAAAGCUUCCGGGAUUUUAAGAA